AUGGAGGCAGUGAAGCACGACAUUGGUGGCCAGCGGGAGCUCGAUCCCAUGAUCAACGACCCCAGGGUGAAGUUCGAUCGACAGAAGCGGAGGCAUCACCAUUACAGUGAGUGGGUUGCUAACCAAUUCGACGUCUCCUUGAAGCAUGUGCGUAGUCUCUUACGCCACAUGUAUGACCGCUACGACACUGUCACGUGCUACAGCGUGCAUCUGAUCAAGGAAGGGGAUAUUAUCUACUACAUGGAUCCCUUCAUCAUUGGCUUUGAUCAGGAAGUCGAAGGGGAAGCGUCGGAUUUCUUAGGUGGUUUCCGCUUUCACGCUGGGGUGAAGGUGAAGGGGCGGUUCGGCAUUGUAACGCGUAAGAUCGGACAAACAUUGAAGGUGGUACCCAUUAACACUUUCAACGGGACCGGACUUGCGAGCAAGCCUCGAUCGGUACGGGAAGAAUACGUCGAGCUCCGUGACGCGGGGCAUUGCUACUUGCACAACGAGUCUCCCCACGAACCACUCGAGGUGGACAGUGCAUUCUGCGAAAUGAAGCGAGAGGCCGCCGUGCACCUGAUAAGUAGCAUAGUGACGCUAAGCUCACAGAUUCUUAUUGCGGGAUCAAUUACGCCAGAGUCCUUGGAACAGCUGCACGAGCUGGUCUACCAGAUAGAGGGUUGA